AUGCCUUACACACCUCCGUCCCACCGUUCUCCCGCCUCCUCAGCUCCCCCCUCGCCCGAAGUUAGUCGAAGGUCCUCCUUCAACUCCCAGACCCCAACAUCGCCGAAGCCGGUCUUACCACGGUCCUCCUCUUACCUCUCCAGACACCGGCGGACGCCUUCGGCAGGGAGCACAACUUCGGUCACCCCCAAACCCUCGGAUGGCCCGACUCCGGAUAUCACUCCUCCGGGCACCUCGGAUAACUUGAAGGGUAUGGUAGCAUCUCUCGCCACUCCGGUCAGACAAUCGCCCCCUCCGGUUGCCGAUGGGCAGACGAUGCCUCCGGGGGCUAUCAUCUCGCCGCCUGAGUCGUCUAGUGAAGAUGAAGGGAACACGGAAUCGGAGAAGCGGGGAAGGGAGAUCGAGAAUAUCAAAGAGCUGAAGGAGGCUAUUAGCGCCAUACCGCUGCAUCGGGCACCGUCCCCUGUCCGAUCUUCGCCCGGAGAUAUCUUCUUACUCCCGUCCCAGGCCAAGAACCUGAUGGGAGAAUCCCGGCAGUCAAUGCUUACUGCUAGCUUGCCCGCGCUCACCACUUCCGCCCGGAAGAUCUCUCAUUCGAGGUCGAACACUGACACUAACCUUUACAUGUCGAAGUCAGAAGAGAUAUCGAUCACUACGUCUGAGGAAGGGUCCGAGCAGGACGAGCCCGUGAAGAAGCCGGCGAUGGUACGGAAGAAGUCGGGCGAGCUAGUUCGGCCGGCGUUGCGGGCACACAGGAGACCCUCAAGCAUGCCGGGAACGCCGACCUUCUCGAAAGCUGUGCACUUUGAUUCGCAUCUCGAACACGUGAGGCAUUUCCUGCAGGUCGACCGGCCGCUCGCCGUCAGUGCUGGCUCUUCUCCGGUGGAGGCUUAUGAGAGCGAAACCGAGUACCCCUUUGGGUUUGAAGAGAAGGCCAGCCCGCGGUCGCCCCCGUUCGAGUGGGAGCUUGUCGUCCACAACUUCCCCGCGGAUACUCCGAUUCGCAAGGCUCUUCCUAUUCGGUUGGAAAGAGUGUGGAUGUCUCCGGACCAGAAGUGCCUGAUAGGGUCAGUAGCAGUGGCCAAUCUGGCUUUCCAGAAGACCGUGGUGUGCAGAUUCACAUUCGACUACUGGAAGACGACUUCCGAAGUAGCCGCCGAGUACCAUCACGAGAUCGCCCGGCCGCGCGACACCGAGACCGGCCACGACCGCUUCCAAUUUAGUCUGAAGCUGUCUGAUUUCGCCAACCUCGAAUCCAAGACCCUAUUCUUCUGCGUUCGAUAUAACGUCAACUCCCUCGAAUACUGGGAUAACAACGACGGCCAAAACUUCCAAGUCGACUUCCGCAAGAAGAUGUUGCCCAUGAACGGCAAGAAGGGUGUCCAGCCUGCCUCUUCUCGACCCGCUAACGCUUUGCCGCGCAGCAACCAACGAGCUAAGCCCUCGACGGCUGCGCGGCCGAAGUCUAUGCCCGUCGGCGCCAUGGACGACUUUGGACACGGCUCGAAAUUUCCCAAUUUCGACAAGUCUCUUCACGAAGUCCUUGGCGAGCCGGGACCGGCUCUACGUCUCAAGAAUUCGAAGUCGACGUCUGCUUUACCCAGCGAUAAUCUGCCGAGUCGCUUGUCGGCUCCCAGCGGGCAGGCUUUUGCCAAUCGGUAUGACUUCAGCGUCUCCCUUAAUGCCGCGAAGCAAGCUCGCCGGGAGUCGAGUCAGCAGGGCGACGGUCUGUACAUGAAGUCUAAUAAGAAACCCUCUUUCGGCCUCGCCCCUGCUGCUCAGGUAUCGAGGGAAUCUCAGGCCAACCCGGCCCGUUACGCCCCUUCGGCUCCUGUUGCGUCUGGCCCGCGAGCUCCUACUCACGGUCCCAGCGGUCCCGGCACGGGCUCCCCUGCUUCGGCCAGCAUAGCAUCGGCUUCGUACGAAGAGAUCCUCAACAAGUAUUGCUUUUUCAACGGAUCAAAGCAAUCUAGCCCCCAGCUGAAGGACGGAACUACGCGUACUGGUCGAUACGACGGAGUGGAUUCGCCAUCUAACGGUAUGAACAGCAGUAGUUCGAGUUCGAACGGUAGCCCGAACGAGGCCGAUAUGGCGCGUCAGGUUCAUCACCAGGAUACCGCGAUACAUCACUCACUCCGACAAAAUCUCGGUCCGUAUUUUGCCAACGGAUACAUGCCAGCCAUCGGCGGUUCCCCUGCAGAAUCUCCGCUGUCUCAGCCGGCUCUUAGCCCGCCUAGUUCGGGUACCCCGAAGGAUAAGACAGCAUCCCCGGGAUCGAUGGCUAGCUUCUUUCCCCUUGCUGGUACUGGUACGUCCUCAAUCAAAUCCCCCGCCGACCUUGCUCCUUUCGCCCAGUCUGUUCAAUAUCGUUUCCCGUUCGCGUCAGAGGCUUAUACUGCGACAGCAAUCAGAGGUUGA